AUGAUACAAUCUAGCCCAAAUUUGCAAUAUUCAGAUUUUGCCAACCCUCGUGGAUUAGAUGCUAUCAACCUCAAUGAUGAUGACAUUGAAAAUCGUAGGCAAGAUAGUAUUCAACACUGGCAUUGGAAAGAGGAUGAGUUGUUGAUCAGUGCAUGGUUGAAUGUCUCAAUUGAUCCUAUAGGGGCAAUUUCAUGUAAGAAAAAAUGGUAUAAGAUCAAUAAGACAGUUGCACAAUUUGCUGGUUGCUACGAUAAAGCUAGUCGAAACAUAAGGAGUGAUUCGAAUGCUGAUGAUAUAAAGGAGUUGGCCUAUAAACUUUAUUCCGCAAAUUAUGGUCAAAAAUUAACUUUUGAGAGGCAUUGGAAUAUGCUUCGUUUGGAGCAAAAAUGGAGAAGCCAACUACCUACACAAAGUGGAGGCUCAAAGAGAACCAAGAUUAGUACAACUGGAGCAUACUCAUCAUCAUCAAAUUUAGAAACACCGUUGGUUGACGAAAUCGGUGUAGACUCUCCUGGUGUUACAAGUGUUUAUUCGAUGAUUCAGAAGAAGAAGAUAUCGAUAAAAGCUCUAUCCCAACUCCUUGUAGAUGGAUCAACAGAGAUUGAGAAGCAGGACAUGAUCGCAUUUUCCAAGAUUACUUUGCAGAUGAGCUGGUGCAUAAUGCUGACAUUUUUCGACGGAAAUUUCGAAUAA